CUUGAAACAAAGCACUUUAGGAGAGUGCUACUUUAAAGCACCUCAUUUUCUUUGAUUAGGUUCUUUAUCAACAAGAUAGUGGAUUUAUUACUGUGAUAAUCCCUUGAGUAAAAGCUAUAGGCAACCAUUAUGGAGAAUAUUCGAAGGUCAAAACUUAAUCUUCUUGAAUGGCUAACCAAUGACCCAGAUUUUAUUCUACAAGUGGUACAAGAAGAUGGUCUAAUUACUCAGCGAGAGUAUCAAAAACUGAAGGCAGAGAAUGAUCCUGAAAAAAGAAUCAUAAAUCUUCUUGAUUUUGUAAUUGGAAAAGGCAAUUCAUCCUGUGAGCACUUCAUGUGUGUUCUGCAGAAAGAUAAAGUUAAAGAGACCUAUCCAAAGCUAACAGAAUGGCUUUCACAGACAGAACAAGCAGUUAAGCUUCGUGGACAACAAAUUAUCAAUGCUGAUGUUCAUGCUGCUGGAGGUUCCUUUGUCGUGUGUCCCAUAAUCCAAACUGAUCAACAUUUGAGUACCUCAAGUGUCAGCAUACCUUUGAAUAUUAGUUCACCCAGGAAUGACAGGAGUGUGCCAAACAGUCUGACUUCGGGUUCCACAAAGGAAAUAAGUGUCAAAGAGUUGGAGGAUAAAGUAGCAGAUAAGAAAUCAUUUCUGUUCUUGAACUGGAGUAAUCUUGUUCAGAAAGUAAAAAAUGUCGAUGAACUUGCCGAUCAAAUGAUGGGAUACGGCCUCACUAAUGAAAUGUAUUCUGAAAUCUUGAGCUGCAGAACAUCUCAAGAGAAGAUGAGGAAACUUCUACAAUACUCAACAACGACUGAUGUGGUUUCAGGGCAUCUGUUUACAGCAUUGUGCACAUUGCAUAAUUAUGUUAUACAAGAGCUAAUUCAGUAAGACUAACAUACACUGUCUGAGAUUAUUCCUUACUUUAUCCAGCUAAAAUGUGGCUUGGUUUUAACUGUGUUUGAGUCAUAAAUUGUAAAAACUGCAUUCAAAAUUCAGGCCUAUUAUCUUUAGCUAUGUAAUAAAGGUAGAAUGGGCAGAUGCCAUUAAGCUGGGUCUCCACCUAUAUUACAGUCCAUCCCCUUGUCAUGUAUGGUCCUGGGGUCUUACUUCCUCAUGUAUGCACAUGGCAUUUUGUAUUCCGACCAGACCCCCUGUAAAGUAUUGUAAGGAGAUAGCCUGGACCCUAACAUAGAUUUAUUUAAAGGCAAAUGUAAGGCACUGUGUUUCAGAUGUGAUUUAAUUGGUCCAUCACUAGGCUUUUAUCAAAAAAACCUUAUUCUUACAACACAGCUAAAAUACAAAAGAGAGAAAAUAAUUAGAAUAACUUUAACUCUAUUGAAGCACUUAAUAAGAUAAUGCGUGAUUUAACCACUAAUCAUUAACUGUUCCAAUAGAGGCAACAUCCUACAAGACUCAGCCUUUGGUAAAAAACGCAAUUCAGCAAAACAGUUAUGGAUCCCACGCGCUGUUUGUCUCCAGUCUAGAAAAAAGAAACAAUCUGCCUCUUUUGACUUUUAAGAUGAAACCUCGCUUUCUAAGACUGCACUCUAGCAGCCAGGAACUCAAACUCUUAACUCAGCAGCUAGCAGAAACUUUUUCGCUAACGGAAAGCAAACUAAAAUCCUUCCUGCACCUGUCAGAGCCCUGACCCCACCCACUCAUGACUUUUUUGUCUUUAUUAACAAAAAAGGGAUAACUCCAAGCUGUUUACCAACUGCAUUUCUGAAGGAAACAUUAUGUCACCACUGUGGCAACAUCCUUCUGCAAAAGAAACUGCUCAGAACACAGCUCUCUUAUAGACCACAGUCUCAUCACAGUUUCCAUACCUGUUAAUGGGAGAGAGAUGGGAGUUGUAAAACAGCAUCAUGUGAACAAUUGCCAGAUUUCCUUUGGCUAUCCCCUUGUGAAAUGUGGACUUGGCAAAGAUUAUGAAAAUUGACAUGUACACCUUGUUCAUGGUCAGCAAAGGCACCUCAGAGGGCUACUUCUGGUUAUGCCUAUGCUUUUUAAAAAAGGCCUGAGAGACACAGGGAUUGGAGGAAAAUGUGCAGUGGUCUAUUGGUUAACCAUGCAGGAAUAAAGGCAUGCAUGGAAACAGUCUGCUGUUGCUUGAUAUAUGAAAUAAAAAGGGAUUUAUCAAUCUGCUGAUCUUGCUUUCCCAGGUGAGGUAAUGUGUUUGAAACUGCGCCUAUCAUCAAUGCAAUAUCAAUGACAUUAGCUGUGUCUUGAUAGUUCCCAUUGUCGCCUCUUUCCAUGUAAAGCUACAGGAAUGGAACCAGCACUAUCCAAUAUCACAUGCCACAACUUGCCCUUUCCCUGUAAAAAAUGGAAAUCCAUGUGCACCAGUGGAAUGAAGGGAGACCACUUUUACUGCUCCCCAUUUGGUGCACACUGACAGGAAAACAGAAUACCUUUCAAGAGAAUUGUUCAGUUUAAUGUUGAUUUGGUACGUGCUAAGCCUAAUGGAUUUUAAUAAAUAUUUUAUAAGCUUUCGGAAUGAGAAUGAAGCUCUCUAUAUUAAAGUCAUAUCACUAUAUUUGUAACAAAUCAAUGAACAGCUUAAAUUCAUUGUAACAAGCCACUUUCAAAAGGCUUACACAAUGAGAAAAUUAACAUGAAAUACAUUGAAUUUGUUUAGUUUGAUGUGAUUACAGUGUAUGUUGGGAUUUGGGGAAAUCUGACCCUAAUAUUUAAUUGUUCCUGACUGCCAUAGCCAGUUUUGUUCGCAGUUGAGGGAGCUCAUGAUGGAGAUUCAGUUAAAAUGUAGAUUUUGCAAGAAUUACCUAAAUGUCUUGACUAACAUUGUCCACCACAAUAACAACUAUCACCUGUCUUAUCCCCUCCUGACACACACAAAUAAUUGUAGAGCCUAAUUCUCCAUUUCUAUUAUCAUCUACUCUCAUGUUUGCUCCAUUUUUCACACUGCUCAUUGAAGCUGACAGGAGGUCUCAGAAAGUGAUAGCAUACUUCUGCUCCGUUAAGUUCCUUUGCUGGCUCUUUUGGGGAUAAUAAAGAACCCACAGGUUUAUCUCCGCUGAUAUCUCAAAACUGCAUCUUUCAGACUCUUUUUAGGCUGAUCUCAGCACUCUCACCAAGGUUGACUCAAUGUGGA